UGCACCUUCUGAACUGGCCAAUAUCCUCAAUGCAGUGAGGCUGGGAGGAGGAGGAGACAAUCCAUGUCUGAGAUACUAUGAUAAGGUGGUGAACCUGGUGGUGUUCAAGGACGGCACAGCUGGGAUGGUGUUUGAGCACAGUGCUGUGGAUGGGAUGGUGGCUGGGCUUGUGACAGAGCGUGUGUACAACCUGUCUGAGACUGCUGACUUGAACCUAGUGUGUACUAAACCAGAAAAUAUGAAUGGCUUUGUCACAGUAAACAAUGUUAAUUCUGUUUGUCCAUGUUCCCUAACAUUCCCCUUGCAAGGAGUGAACACCCCCAAACCAAGCCCUGACUUAAAAACAACUCAUCCAGUUCUCACUUUUGAUGUGUCCUCCUAUCCUGAUGUCUUUUCUACUCUGAGAGGGCAGAGAGGCCUGUAUGAUGCCUGGAUCAACUUCUCUUUGCAGCUCUCCUUGAGGCAGACUCUCGGGGAAGCUGCUGCCAGUCACAUGCUUGUCACACCUACCCAUAUGCGCCACUACAAACAUGGCCGAUGUGAUCCUACAUAUUCACUCACCAUGCAUUCUCGCAAGUUAGUAGGUGCCUUGGCAUCCUGUGUUGGCCCAGAUAACAAAAUCCAAUACACUACCGACCUUCUACGCUUGUUCCAUGUUGCAUUCUUGGAGCAUAAGAGCCUCAUCAGAAACACCAAAAAUGGUCAUGGUGUUGGUCCCCAUCUAGCUGCCCUGCGUCGAUCUUUGCCAUCUGACAAUCCACUGAAGAAGUUUCUGGACCCCUUUGGGUGUCCAUCUGUGUACCUCACUGGUACAGAUCUGAUGGAGGGUGUAGAGUGUGGAGUAGGGAAUGUUUACGCCCGAGAUCAGCUGGCUGUAACCUACCUUGGAAAACGAGACAAGGUUCGCAUCGUGCUAAAUGGGAAAGGGAGCUUUGCUCUGACGCUGAAGAAGCUUCAAGAAAACCUGAAGAUAAAUCUGAAGUUAGUGAUGCUAUUAGCUGUUAGAUAUGCCAUUGCAACCCAGAUGGGAGCCCUGGAGUGUCUGCUCCAACAGGGUCAAACACAGAAAAUUAAUGGACAGACAUAUCACCCAAACAAUGCUAAAAGCACAGUUGACUCCACCUCAGACAUGAGUCCAGACUAUACUCUGUUGAUUCACGGUGGAGCAGGAGAAGAGAUGAUGUUGAACACCCAAGUGAUUGGGGUUAUUGAGUUUGCCCUACAGACAGCCUUAACCCUCGGAUGCCAAGUGCUUCAACAAGGCGGCAAGAGUCUGGAUGCAGUUCAGAGGUCAGUGGAAGCUCUGGAGGACUGCUUCCUUUUCAAUGCAGGUAAAGGCUCGGUACUCAACAAAGAUGGCAAAAACGAAUUGGAAGCAACCAUUGUAGAUGGCAAUGCGAUGAAGUCAGGAUCUGUUGCUUGUGUGCAAACUGUAAAGAACCCAAUAAAAGCAGCCAGGUGUGUCAUGGAGAAAAGCUCACAUUCACUCAUUGUGGGAGAUGGGGCUGAGGAGUUUCUGCAAGGGCUGGAGGAGAAGGAGAAGCCUGUUGGACGUGAGUAUUUCUACACUGAUAUACGUCACAGAGAGUUAACUGCAAAGCUCAGUGGUGGAAAUAACUCAAAAAACAAUCACCCUCAAACAGUCGGAGCUGUGGCCUUGGAUCACCGGCAUGGGUUGGCUGCUGCCUCCUCCACAGGUGGGUUAGUAGGAAAGCUGAAAGGGCGAGUUGGGGAUACAGCAGUAGUCGGGGCAGGAAUAUAUGCUGACGACAAAUUAGCAAUCACCUGCUCUGGAGAUGGAGAUGUAUUUCUGAGGCACACAGUUGCUCAGAAAAUAGCCAGUCUCUAUCAUCACAAAGGCUAUAACCUUAGACAGGCAUGUAGAGAAGUGAUGGCUGAAAAUCUGAAUGGGAUCUGUGCAGGUAUCAUUGCUUUGGACAAUAAAGGUGAAGCCAUCAUCGAAACAAAUGCUGGCGUGAUGUUUGUGGCGUCAAUGAUAAGCGGUAUUUCACGAGUAGAAGUCCUCAGGCCUCUGAAGAACUUCUCUAAUGUGAUCUGGGAAACAGAUGAGCUGGUUGCUUACCUGAAUCCCAACCCUUGGAUCCCUGGGUCAACCAUCCUGACAAGAAAAACUCUUAGCGGGGCAAGCAGCAUCUUCCACUUGGCCACACCUGAUUUUGUGGCUAUGCUACAAGGCGCAAGAGCUGUGUCGAGCUUACUAUGUGAGCGAUUGGGAGUGCAGCGCUGUGCCAUGGUUUUCAAUCCAACCUCUGAUCAUCCCGCACAAAUCCGACUGCUCCCACUUCAUGGCUUAGAGCCAAAAUGGCAGCCCCAUCUUGCUGGCGAAGAGGAGUUCCAUGCUUACGAUCCCAGCUACUGCACUUCAAAAAGUGGCCCACGCUUGGAUGAUGAAGCACUGACCCAGGUUCAAGCCAAGAUUAGAAGCAGACUGCCAACGCCAAAUGCACCCUCUUGCUAUGACUUUUUUGGAGACCCUUCUAAUGACAACCUGUUCAGCCGUAUUGUACGUGGAGAGCAGCAACAGUGGAGAGUGUGGGAAGACAAUGAACAUGUUGCCUUCCUCACACCAUACCCAAACACCCCUGGACUUACUGUCGUGGUGCCACGCAAACCACUGUCCAGUGACGUCUUCAAACUGGACGAGGCUGACUACAAAGCACUGAUCUUAGCCACUCAAAAGGUUUCCCAGCUACUGGAAGAGGGGAUGAGAGCCCGAGGUGUUGCGCUGAUCUUUGAGGGCUUCGAGAUUGACUAUGCUCAUGCCAAGCUGAUCCCUUUGUUACCUUCACCAGAUGGCACCAAGCCUGCCGAGCUGCAACCAGAAUGCUUCGAAAGCUACCCUGGAUAUGUGUCGUCGCUGGAUGGACCAGCCGCUGAUGCUGAGACCCUCAAAACAAUCCACUCAAAGAUCACCGAUAGCAGGCCUCCUCAUUCAUGGGAAGACCCUAAAUCCCACUCCACACUCGCCAUCAAGAGCCAGUGGUAUCGCAACAUGUUCCAGAUUCAAAACACCCUUUUCCACAGCACAGUGGAAUAUUUCCACAACUCCUGCCAGUACUCCUACGCUCUGACCCCUCUGACCACAGACACCAUCUCCUCGCCGAUGGGCCUGGGAUCCGACUCAGAGCCAGUUUCUGUUAACCUGCUGGGCCAGGACAUCUACCUGGCCGACUCAAUGCAAUUUGUUCUCGAAUACUUCCUUCGCUUCCAGGAGAACCUGCCGGGGACCUACUACAUAUCUCCCAGCUUUAGAGGGGAAGAUCCUGAUGCCACACACUUGAACCAGUUCUACCAUGUAGAGUGUGAACUGUUGGGUGACAUGGACAAAGCCAUUUCCACGGCUGAGGGAUACCUGGCUCAUCUCACCAAGUCCAUGUUGAAGAAGCACUCAGACAUAAUUCUCAACACUGCUGGGACCCUCACGCAUGUCACAGACAUGCUGAGUAAGCUGGAUGGGAAAACCGCACUACCAAGAGUCCCUCUAGACCAGGCCAUUCCCAUGAUGCCCUCUGCUGACUGCGUGGAGUGGGUCCAAGAUGGCCAGCCCCAGUUCGGCAGAAAGCUAACACGCAAAGGAGAGCGGGUCUUGAUAGAGAAAUACGGUGGUGCUGUUUGGCUGACUGAGAUGGACCAUCUGGGCGUUCCCUUCUACCAGGCGUAUGUGGAGGGCACCGGGCAGUGCAAAGCCAAAGCUGCUGACCUUCUGCUGGGGCUGGGUGAGACUGUGGGUCUUGGAGAACGCCAUUCCACCCCCGAGAUGGUGCAGGAGGCCCUCAGACACCAUGCAGUGCCCGAGCAGUCCUACAAAUGGUACAUUAACAUGCGCCAAGUGAAACCACUCCUUACCAGUGGAUGGGGGAUCGGGACGGAGCGCUACUUGUGUUGGCUGCUUAAGCAUGACGACAUUAGAGACGUACAUAUCAUACCUAGGAUGAAAGGAAUGAAAUACAUGCCCUGAUCAUAAGUUCAUCUUGGAUUUUUAGGCCAUUAGAUGCAAUAUACUUGUAAUAAUGGGGCCAAAGAGGAGAAUAGAAUAUGGAUUUUUACCAUAAAAAUGUCUCAAUAACCAGAGUUUGGGACUUUCAUCCAGCUUUGGGUUUCUUAAAAUCUUUUCCCGCUGGCUCCACGGCCAGAGAAACCUUCCUACAGCCAUUAGUCCCACCUGACCCUUGUACUCCAGAAAGUAAAAAUGUUUCUGAAAAUUAAGUUUUUAGUUAAAAUGAAUCUUACACAAAGUGUUUAAUUAGUUAUUCUUUAAAUGUUAUCAUAUUACACUGAAGGUUGGCUUCCUUUGUUAGUGGUAAAACUACAGUAUCACUGCAAUUGCUGAGUGAAAAUAACUGAAGAGUUUAAGUACAACUUGUAUUGUUUCAGUAUAUUCAUUUUGUGGAGAAAGACUGAUAAUUUUGUUACUUGGUAUAAAAGUUGUGUAAACACAGACAGGAGACAAAUUAAAGAAAGAAUGUUUUAGUAAGAUGUUGGGCCACCAAAUAUAUCGCCAGAACAUCUUCACUGCUCCUCGGCAUUGAUUUUACAAGUGUAUGAACACCAUUCUUCCGAAAGAUAUUCCCUCAUUGCAUGUUCUAAAGAUGGUGGUGGAGAGAACUGUCUUAACACGUCAGUCCACAGUCUCGGAUAGGUGUUCAAUUAGGAUUGAGAUCUGGUGACUGUGAAGGCCACGGAACAUGGUUCACAUCAUUUUCACCCCUUGUGGACGGGGGCAUUUUCUUCCUGUUUCACUAAUUUUUUCAGGUUUUUCCUUUAAUUUGUCACCUGUCUGUAAAUUCUUCAGUCCCUGUGAGGACAAACACAUUUGUUAAAGUCCUAAUUAUUGGCCAUAAAUGUUGUAUAAUCAAUUAUACAAGCAAAUUCUUUAUAUUGCUCUUUAUAAUGUCAUUUUUAAUUUUUAAUUUUUGUCUUAUUUCUAUCACAUUGUCUUUUUAUGUAAAGGAUUUUUGUUCAAGUCAUAUGGAUCAUGUACCUGUGUUGUUGUUCAUGGAAUAAUAAUGAUUUUCAAAUCUUAAGAAAAUAAUAACAGAGCAAAUAAAUACCA